AUGAGAGCGGGACUGGAGCUGACCGGAGGGGAACCGGAGCGAGACCGGAGCGGGGACCAGAAAGAGGAACAAAACCGGGAUCAGAGCAAGCACCGGAGCGGGGACCGGAGCGGGGGCAGGAGUGGGACGUUACUCAUCAUGUCAGUCAUUGAUGUCAACUUUAGAACUUUAACUUCAAUUAUCCGCUUCCAUUGUGAACGAGUAAAUAUAAUUGGAAAUGAACUGGAAGUAAUUCUGCGCAGAGAAGAAGAUUCGAACCAUCAGCACGUAGGAUUAGAGUGGACGCUGAGUAAAGCUGAUCACUCGAAUACGGAGUGGGAUUGGCCACGGCGCUGGGAGGAUGGAGGGCGGAUAGGAGGGCGUCCGUCCGUGCAGCGUCGCGGGCGUGCGAGAGGCGUUUCAUUCUUUAUAUUUAUCUGGGCUCCGGCUGGAGCCCGACAACGCGCCGCGCUGCGCCAGUGCAAAAUAAAGAAUUAUGCUAAUGCCACUUGGGCACGCCGGCUGGCAGACGGACGCAGUGGGCCGCAGCGACGUGUGUUGGAACAAACAGAUGGCCCAGCUCGCCCUGGCCUAGCCAGCCCAGCCAGCCAGCCAGCCAGCCCAGCCCAGCCCGCCAGGUCCAGCCCGCCAGUUCCAGCCCCGCCCAGUCCAGCCCCGCAGUCCAGCUCCCGCCAGUCAGCCCGCCCAGUCUCCAGCCCGCCAGUCCAGCCCCGCCCGUCCAGCCCGCCAGUCCAGCCCGGCCCGCCGCAGAAGAGAGCUGGCCGCGCCCGAUUUCAAUAUGCUAAGCAGCGGGGCAGCGCGGUGAGGCGGCUGAGCCCAACCAACCGAAAAGCGGCUUUGUGCGCAAGUAAUAGAUGCGCCGAGCCCUCGCCAGCAUUGCAGGCGCCGGGCGCGCGCUCGCAGCGCUUCCGCUUCUGGGAAGCUGCAGCUGGCUUCGAUGUCAUUUCAUUAUCGAAAAAUAAAGCGCACUCAGCGUUCCAUUUCGUUUAA